AUGGCCGACCUUGGCUCAGUGGAGCUCACAGCUGCCAGGACCCACCCCGCGCGCGCGUCCCUGGCGCUGGCGCCGUCGCUGUUGUCAUGGUUUCCGUCGCCGGCCGACUGUGCGUUCUCUCCGGCCCUACUCCCGCCUCCCGCUCCCUCGUCGGUUCUGCAGCCUGUGGCCCUGACGCUCCCCGCCGUCCCUGCCUAGGCCACUUGUGCCCUGUGCCAGCGCGGGCCCCAGGGGCCGGUGCCGGCCGACUGCAGCCAACGCUUCUGUCGGGCGUGCGUGGUGCGAUUCUAGGCGGAGAAGGACCGGUGCUUUCCGUGCCCUGAGUGCGCGGACGACUGUCGGCAGCGCGUGGUGGAACCCCGCCGUCCGCCGUUCAGCCGCCGCCUGCUGGCGCUCGAGAAGGCUGCCGCAGCGUCCGCGCGCAACGGCCAGGCCAGUGAGGGGCUGCUGCUCCUUUGCCGCGCAGAUGGCGGCCCGCUCUGUGCCGCUUGCCCCAAGGCUGCAGGCCCUGAGCCGCCUGAAUGCGAGCCGCGCUGGAGAAAAGCGCUGUGUGGCAAGGAGAACAAGGGGUCGGUGGAAAUAAUGAGAAAGGACUUGAAUGAUGCUCAGGACCUACAUGGCCAGGCAGAGUCUGCAGCUGCUGUGUGGAAGGCAAGGACAUGUGAUGGACACAGAAAGAAAGCCCUGACUGACUACAAGAAGAUGCAAGCCUUCUUCACUGAAGAGGAGUAUUUCCUAGAGGAAGCUGAGAGUCAGCAGUUCCAUUCCCUGCUGCAGGCAGUGUCAGAGCUGGAGAAGAAGCACUGCGACCUAGGCCUCAGCAUGCUGCUACAGAUCAGAGUAUAGAUGCCAGAAACAGCAGGGAGCCCAUUGGAGGGGUAAUUCAUCAAAAGAGAGGCUUAAAGUCACAGCUGACUUCUGUUUCCAUGGCUUUCUGAGGCUGAAUUUCAGGAAUUGAUGGGUGAUCAAGGAAGACGUGAUGGCACUGGCUCAAUGUACAGCCUCCCUGGAGUUCAAAGCAGAAGGUCCCCCUUCGGCAGCAGCACUCCCAACACACACUGCACCCGAGGAAGAAGCCUCAGCUCUGUGGGAAAAGUGGCGAAGAUACUGGGUGACGGGAAGCAUUACAGAGUAGCUAUGUCACCUUUGGUUGUUCCAGAUAGUAACAUGUUUCAACAAAGUGCUUGUUUUCACUUUUCCUUGAGUCAAAUCGUUUGUGGCUAUAAACAUUUCAUUGAUGAUAAUCACUGGGGGGAUCUUCUCCCACAAGUAUACGAUGAUUCUUCAUAAGGUCCUUGUCAUGGCUCAUUGUUUCAUCAGAGACUCGCCUAGA